ACGUACACAUUUAAAAAUCUUAUGUAAGUCUUACACAUACAAAUAUCACACUCGAUUAGAUAUUUAUAUGCCGGGGUAAAAAUAGGAUGCUGAGCAGCCAAACCCACUAAGGUCUGACCAACUGUACUUGUUAGCUCUUCACUGUGUUAUAACAUUACGUAUUAUUUAAUUCUUAUUCUUACUCAAAUUUCGCAGUCAAAGUAUUGGCAUAGCUCUCGAUUUUAUUCUGUUUUUUUUAUUUUUUUAACGUCUGAGAGGUUUUAGAUUUUUAAUUUAUUAUGAGGACAGUUUGAAAACAAAUUUUAUUAUUUAAUAUACUUAUCAAAAUUGCGAACGAGUACAAGUGAUCGGUAGAAGUAGCCAACAGCUACGUUGUGGCAUUAAAAUAGUCGAAGAUAGUUAUUUAUAUUAAUAAUAAAUAAAACGAAAUGGACGCGCGAUUUAGAAGCAAUCUUGCUAUGAUUGGCCGUAAUGAGCCCAUUACGAGGAAGGCUAGAUUUUGGCAGAGUUAUGUACGUGCUCUUAAAGGAACCGAUGACAUGAGAGCACCUGAACACACUCAUAGACCAAGAAGCAUAUUCAGCGAUUACCCUGAACUUCAUUCUUCAUCAUGGCCUUACGGAAAAUCUAUUUUUGACAAUCCUUCUCACGCAUCUGAUCGCAUUAAUGUACCUGGAUACAGGUACUUACCCGUUCAUCGGGAAAUCUAUGGCUACUCACCGAGACAAUUGUAUCCUCACCAAUACAAACCCGUCGAGCGCUUCGUCUCCGCUAAACCUUUCGACGCGGAUCAAGCAUGGAGUGAUCAUUUGGACCGAUUGGCAGACAUCGAUAGAAUGUAUCCAUCAUCCUCAUUAUUAUCUCGUCACAGAUCACCCCCGCUGACGACAAAACCGCUCUUUGACAUUCACGGAAAGCUGUUGGAUGAUCCAUUGAGUUCAUUUCCUUCAAUGCUUGGAAGAAAAGCUUUCCAUGAUCUACUGGAGCCCCAACCGUCAGCACCCAUUUCGGCCUUUACCAGGGACCCAUGGUGGUACCCGUGCUCCGCACCAUAUAUCCCUCUUCAUGCUCAAUGGAGCUCACCCUUCUAUCUAAGGGACAGCUAUCUCAGUCCUGUUAAACGUAAUUACCUGUGGAGCAGACAUCCCCUCAGGCCUCUUGACAAGAUUGACGCUCUACUUGCGUCUAUUUUGUAAAUUUAUACCAUUGAGAUUGCGAGGAGAUAUAUAUAAAUAUAAAAAAGGAUAAAACGAGAAAAAAAAACGCGCUUGUGCCCAUUAGAAGAAUAACACGUGUCAUGCCGAUGGUUAAAAUAUGGUAACGCGUAUGGAAAAAAAAAUCAAAUAAAAGUAAGAGUGAACACAGGGUAAUGAAUGAAGAAAUGAAAAUUGAAAUAACUUAAAAAAUUAAUGGAGACAGAUUUAAAUAUAUGAGUAAUCAUAACAGUAACGUACAGUGAAGAUGAUCGGGGCUCAAGAUAAACAUAAUAUUUUUUUUUAAUUGAUCAUUGGCCUAAAAUACAUUGAUAAUAAAUUCAAAUAAAUUAUGUUAUACAUAUAAAUAUAUAUUUAUUUUUUUGUUAAAUUUAAUUUAAUUUCUACUUAAUUAUUGUAAACUAUUGAGUAGAAAUAAAUUCAAUAAAAUGUGGUUCCCA